AUGGGCAUGGCCUGUAAGGCAAGUAGUCUUGCUUCCUUGCAGCAGCAGCAAAGCCCCGUGGGCAGAAUGCAGCGGCAUCCAGCUCUACUCAUCCCGGGGGCCGAACCAGCGAGCAGCAGCAAACAGCAGCAGCUGGAGGCUGACCUGUGCUUCACAGUAGCAGCAAGAGGAGCAGCGGCUGCUGGAGACGGAGGUGACGAAACACCUACGGCUUCAGCUGCAGCAGCAACAACGAAGCAGCUGGCUCUUGGGAGCCCCUUUUUGCGGUCUUCCUUGCUUCCUGCUGAGGCAUGCAGCAGCAGCAGCAGCCCCAACAGCAGCACGGAGCAAGACGCUUGUUUUCACGUCAGCAGCAGCAGCAGCGGCUUGACAGACACCACCAUUGGCAGCAGCAAAUGCAGCCUUUUGCUCUCAGGCAGCGGCACAACGACGACCUGGGCAGGCAGCUGCGGUGGUGGCUUCGGGCACAGCAGCAGUAUCAGCAGUAGCAGCAGCAGCAACAGCAACAGCAGCAGCAACAGCAGCAAAGCGGAGGAUGACAGCAGCGUAGGCGAAGUGGAGGAUAGUAGCAGCCUUGCGUAUGUUCAGCAGCAGCAACAGCAGCAGCAGCAGCAUCGACUGGGGUUGCAGCAAGGGGGGCGCAUGCUUCCUCCCUUAUAUCUUCUGAAUCAGCUUAUUAUCGGCCCAGUUGUCUCGACGCCAAGCACGGCUGACCAGCAACAGCAACAAGAGCAGCAGCAGCAACAGCAGCAGAAGCAACAGCAUCAGCAGCAACAGCAACCGAAGACUUAUAUAGAAGGCAUUGUCGUCCCUGGAAGCGGCUACAGCCGCUGCAGCAGCAAUCCGCAUGCAAGCUCUUCCGGCUGCAGCAGCAAUACAGCGGCACUCACCGAAACAGAACCAGCGACGGCUGCACGAGGAUCUGCAGCAGCAGCAGCAGCAGCAACACGGGCAGCAGAUUUGGCGUGCAGGGGUGACCUGGAAGCAGUCAACGGAGAACGCCUGACUGCUGCUGCUGCUGCUGCUGCUGCAGCUGCUGCUGCUGCUUCGGAUGGAGUUGCGGAGGUGGAGGCAUUGCUGCAGCGUUUACAGUUUGUUUGUAGCAACGACCGGCUUCCCUCCUACAGCAGCAGCACGGACCCGUGUCGCAGUUGCGUUGCUGCUGAUGCUGCUGCAGCUUUUGCUGCAGCGCCGCCGCAGCACGCGGCAGCAACCCCGCACGAAUCUGCAAGAACCCAACACACUCUCCAGCAACAGCUACAGCAGCAGCAGCAGCAAACUCUUCUGCAUGCGGAGGUCAAGCAAGCCUGCGAGGACGCUGCCGAUGCUGCUGCUCUCAGCAGCAGCAGCAUCACAGAAGUGGUGAAACUGAAGGAUGAUGCUGUGGGGACGUUAGGGGAGUUUACAAUCAACUCCUUGGCGCAGCAGCGUGGGUUGCCUGGGGCUGCUGCUGCAGGUGCUGCUGCUGCUGUGGCGCCGCUGCUGCCGCCUUUGGCUGAGGUCCCCACAGCGGGCCAGGAGUUGGGCAGCUCGGAGGAGGAGGGUUCAGUUGCUGGUACAGAUGAGAAAGGCGAAUCUGCUGCUGAAGCAGCAGCAGCAGCUGGUGCUGCUGCUUCUGCAGCAGAUUCAGCAGCGGCACCAGAAGCAGAAACACAGGAACUGAAAGCUUCGCGAUCGUCAGGGCUUCGUGUGUGCGGGGAAGAGAGCGCGGAGGCCUCAGCAGCAAGGGGAGAAGCAGCAACGACUGCAACAGCAAGGGUAACGCCAGCAUCCGAAGCAGCAGCAGCAGCAAAGGAACGUCUUAUUGCUCGUCUGCGGCUGUUUAAGAACGGCUUCCCCUCCCGGCUGCGGUGCCGCAUUUGGCUGGCGCUGCUGGAAGUUGAAGAUUUGGGGCCGCUGCAGCAGCAGCAGCUAACGAGCCUCAUUGCUCAAACGCCCCUAGACGAGCCCAACCAAGCGUUGAAGUACAAGCAAGGCCUCAACGAGCUCCUUGGUAAGAACCCUGUGCAGCAGCAGCAGCUGGUGCUGCUGCUGCAGCUGCAGCAACAACACGGGGAGCAGCUGCUGUCUCUCUGCAGUAGAGGCAUGGAGAGGGAGGGCGUGGAAUAG